GUCCAAUUUAAUAAACCUACAUAGGUAUGUUCCCUUCUCUCGACGCAGCAGUUAAUCAUGUGAAGGUGAACUGAGAACAAAUUCGCGCCCAUUCAUUCGAGUCUAAUCCUUUUGAUAUUGACUCAGCAGUCAUAUCAAAAAUAAUUUUAUACAAAAAUACGCAGUAAACAUCGAACCAUACCGACCAAUGAGCAGUUAGAUGUGCGUUCUAAACUUGACAGUGAUUGGUUAAAUUACUGUCAAACGCUUGAAAUUUUCCCGCUAGUUUUGUGCGACGCUGUUUCCAGCCAGUCAUAUCGGAGAACCGGAGGGUUGUCGACGCAUGACGCGUGUUUUCAUGUGAAUUUUGUCGUUAUGGCGACCGGAUUCGUAGGGUCUACGAAGAGUUUUCCAUUUUCAUUCGAUGUGGAUGUAGAAGAUGACGAGCAAGGCAGGUCCACACCGAGGCUCAACAAGCGCAUCGCUAUUAGACCAGGAAUUCGACUAGUUCGUUCCACGUGCCCCUCAAAGAGCAGUCUGACCACUACCAUGUCCAGUGAAGGUUAUAAGUGCAAGAGCAGUGAUAUACCGCGGCCCAGUUCGGUAAAAGAAAUGGGUUGGUCUUUAGUUAGAAAAAGUCGGACGUUCCCUUUCGCCCCACGGUGA